AUGCACUCCCCAAAUAAACCCCCAAAGUCACCCUCCUCGGUGCGCUUGAAAGGCCUCUUCAAAGAGGGAUCCUGGCGCUGCGACUGCCCGGAACGGGCUCCCGCCAUCAAGCUUCAAGUCAAGAAGGAAGGCAGAAACCACGGGCGCUACUUCUAUACCUGCCAGAAACCCCGCGCACAACAAUGUGGCUUCUUCCUGUGGACAGACGAGGCCGAGCCCCGCGAAGAAGCCGUCGUCCUUUCCAACUCGCGAUCCGAAGACGACCUGCGCUAUCCCACCCUCCCAUCUACCCCCACAACACCCCGGCGUAGUGGUCUUCUCACUCCGCAAACCGAGCGCCGCUUUAUUGACAUCCCACCCCGCCAUGCGCAUGCCCAUUCACCCCCAAAGAGCGCAAAGGCACGGAUGAUGGCCGAGGAUACUGACGAAUUCGGCUGGGACGACAAUACAGACGACAAUAACGAACUGAGUGAACUGACGGAGCUCUCCACAAGCCAGUCAACGGAACCCUUCCUCUCCCAACCAAAUUGGAACCCAGACCAGCCAUCAAACAAAGCGGCUCGCACUCCAACGAGCUCAUCGCCGGGAAAGCGCAAGCUCUUCGAAUCCAGCUACCACGACCAUAACUCAUCGACCAGUAACUCUUCCAUACUUGCCACUCCAUCCUCUACCCGAUCAAACCGUUCCAUCGGCUCAAGUCGCAUCCCACCGUCUUCAGCAGAGCUAUGCAUGACCCCGACACCAACAAAGUACCGAGACGUCAUUAGCUCCGCAAAUAUGCCCGACAUGUCCGAUUUAGCCGCCGAGGCAAAUGCAAUAAUGGAACAAUACGCUGUGGUGCUGCCGACCAAGGCGCAAGACGCGUUGGUCGAGCUGCUCAACCGGCAUCAGUUGAAGCUACAAGGAGUGAAUAAAGGGCGCGAGGUUACUCGGCAGGCCUUGAAGAGGAAGGAAGAUGAACUUGCGAAGAAGGAUGGAGAGAUCAGGCGGUUGCAGGACACCAUUACCAGUCUGCAAGCGCAGAAGGAGAUGGAUCAAAGUAUUAUUGAUUCUAUGAGCAUGUAG